AUGUCAGAUUUCAAUACUGGUCGAUGUCAUAAAGCGGGAGGUUGUCUUCUCUCGAAUGAGACAUUGGUCAUAUUUUUCUGCGAUAUUCCUACCUCUAGAAAUGUGUAACUUAACAGAGGGUCUAACACAUAUAUUUGUGCAUUGCAUAGUGCCGUCACGAAGGUCAGACAGACUCCACUCUUUGAGCCACAUCGACCUGCAAGUUGAACGUGAUGAGAUUGUAGACUCAUAAAAAGCUAGCCAACCAGCCCAUAGAGAGAACAUUACAUUCUGGGUUUUGUUGUCGACUUCAGCUGCAACAUAUUUCAGCAACGAUUUUCACAUGUUGCUACCAACCUUAUUAUAACGACAAAAUAAAAAAUAUUGUUCUCAUAUAUUAGUGUUAUGUAACACUGUAGAGUAUAUGAAUGAGUGUAUUUCUCCUUUAAUGUUUAGUGAUACUUCUCUACUACUGAUACUUCUCUACUAUUCGAAAUUCCGUUACCCGGAAGUAAUUUUUAAGUGUUACUGACGAGACGCUGAUCCAGUCUGGAUUCAUCAGUCUUCACAACGGUAUCGCCAGUAUUUAUAACUUCUUCCACCUUCAAUAUGUCUAAACUACAGCUGCUUAAUGUGAUUCUCAAAGAAAAAUUAACUUCAGUCCCUUUGGAGAUAUCAGUGGCAGUCCAAAAAACGAUGGCAGAGUACCUAGAAGAAAUCAUCCGUUUGAAACGGGCGAAUGCACGUCUACGAAAACUGCUGGAUUUGGUUUUUAAACCAGAGAUAAAGUUGCAUAGAGUAGCAGUCCUCCAGCAGCUCAGUCUCACUGAAGAGGAGAUUAACCCAGAGCAGCAGGAAUGGAACCCUGGUCUGGGUCCAGUGGAGUCUGAUGCAGAAGAGUCUAUAUGGGACUCUUUCAACAUCAUAACUGAAGAGAACCAAACAGAAUCUGAUGGCGAGAGCUACGGUGAGUCCGAAUUAACCAGUGAUUAUGAGCCCCCCUCUGAAGUAAAUGCAGACGGUGACAACAGUGGAAGUCAUAAAGGAAAAAGGGAUGGAGUGGAGAAGAGAAUAUCACUGUCAGGUUUAAAGCCUCUUCAAUCAAAGCGAAGAAGAGGUCGGCCAAGAAAAGAAACCAGUGAGUUGCCUGAUCUGAUAUGUGACGUGUGCGGGAAAUGCUUGGCUAAUGAGCGUAGUCUGAAAAGGCAUCGGCAAAGCCGGCACAGUAAAGACAGACCGUACAUGUGUGACACAUGUGGACACUGUUUUGCCAUGAACUGCUCCCUGAGGAGGCACAUGAAGAUUCACAUGGAGGAGAGACAACAUGGCUGCACCGAAUGUGGCAAGCGUUUUUUUCACAAGAAAAGCCUGAAAAAUCACAUGGAUACUCAUAAAGGGCUAGUUUUUAAAUGUGAUUUUUGUGGAAAAUGUGUGACGACAAAAGCAAGUCUGAAACUGCAUCGGCGAAUUCACACUGGGGAGAAAUCGCAUCCGUGCAAAGAAUGUGACAAAGCCUUCUACCGUGAGUCAGACUUGAUAAAGCACACGAGAACUCACACUGGGGAGAAACCGUUCCGGUGCAAAGAAUGUGGCAGAUGCUUCGUGGAGAAGGGAACGCUGACAAAGCAUAUGAUGACUCACACAGAGGAGAAACCACAUCGCUGCAACAAAUGUGGCAGAUGCUUCGGUCUGAAGGGAAACCUGACAGUGCAUAUGAGGACCCACACAGGGGAGGGGGUUCACUGUCAUAUGUGUGGAACUCACUUGAAAUUAGCAUCAAGUCUGAAAAGACAUCUACAAACUCACAGAAGGAAUAUUAACAAUAACUCACUCUCCCCUGGUUCCCAGUCGAAGUGUACAUCCUCUUCAAUACCAUGGUGCUUGCCUACAGAGCAACAAGGGGAACUGCCCCUCCCUACCUUCAGGCUAUGCUCAAACCCUACACCCCAAUCCGAGCAUUCCAUUCUGCCACCUCUGGUCUCUUGGCCCCCCCAUCCCUAUGUGGCCCACCCAUCCCUAUGAGGGGCUGGCCCCCGCUCAUACCAGUCAAAGCUCUUUUCUUCCCUGGCACCCAAAUGGUGGAACAAGCUUCCCCCAAAUGAAAAUGACUGAAAACCUACUUCUUCACUAAAUAUCUUGACUAAAUCCCACAUCCCCCCCAACAUUUUUUAAAUAAAAACUACAAA